UGAAUGCAUGUAUGGGUAGUUUGAUGGCAAUGCUCAUCUUGCUAUUCAUGAAAAUGAAGAGGAGAAGAGCUAUCGAGUCCAGAAGACGUCUCCGUCGUUACUGGGUGCACCCUUUAACCUCACAGCGUCUUUCUAUUGGCUACUUUGCCCUGAUGUUCGGUGAACUUAGAACCCACGGUGAUAAGUUCUAUAACUACACAAGGAUGUCGGUGGAGAGUUUUGACGAAUUGUUGGGGCUUGUUCGAGGACGAAUCAUCCGACAAAGGACCAACAUGAGACGAUGCAUAAGUGAGGAAGAACGGCUGUUACUUACUUUAAGAUACCUUGCCACUGGAGCGAGUUUUACCUCACUUCAUCAUCAAUUCCUAAUGGGGAUUUCAACUGUGUCAACCAUAGUACAUGACACCUGUAUUGCCAUUUGGGAGGAGUUGAAGAGCACAGUCAUGCCGGAACCAACAAUCAGCUUGUGGGAAGAGAUAGCGGAGGAGUUUUGGGAGAAGACAAACUUUCCGAAUUGUAUUGGAGCAUUAGACGGGAAACAUAUCAGGCUCAUCAAGCCACCAAACUCUGGUUCCCGCUAUUUCAACUACAAGAAAUAUUUCUCCAUUGUGCUGCUGGGACUGAGUGACGCAAACAUGCGCUUUGUAGCGGUGGACGUUGGAGCAUACGGGAGCUCUGGAGAUUCACGAAUUUUUAGAAAUUCCAUGAUGGGACAGCGUCUGCAUUAUGGGGAUUUUAAUGUACCACAGCCAAGGCCUCUACCAGGUACUGCUGGACCAGAUCUACCCCUGGUAGUGCUAGGAGAUGAGGCAUUUGCCUUAUCCACUCACCUCCUCAGGCCCUAUACUAGGCACGGUCUUACUGCCAAGAAGCGCAUCUUCAAUUACCGCCUUAGCCGUGCACGCAGAAUGGUGGAGUGCGCCUUCGGUAUUUGUACAGCUAAAUGGCGUGUACUGUUGACUGCAAUGCACUUGGAAGUGGAUCACGCUGUCAAUGUGGUUUUGGCAUGCUGUGUUCUCCAUAACUUUCUAAGGGGAAAGGAGAUUGCACACAAUGAACCACCAUUACCUGUUUGUGAAGAGCACAGAGGGAGUGUUACUACCAGUCGCCCAAGCAAUCAUGCUCUACAAGUCCGUGAACAUUUUUCUGAUUUUUUCCUUUCUGAUGAUGGACAGUUACCGUGGCAGUACGAUUAUGUUUAGUCUCCUAUUUUUUUUAACCAUUACAUCAACCUUUUGAAAAACACUGUUAACAUUUUUUCUGUAAUAAAAGUAGUUGACAACUUUGUCCAAUUAAAUCGGAUUUAUUUUUUGUUUGCUAUACAAAAAUUAACAAAGUGUAUCAAAAAUGUGUAAAUCAUUACAAAAGAACGAUGCUUACAAAAUAUGGUUGCUUGCAUCUAUACAAAACAAUACAAAACUAUUUUUUUUAUAAUAUUCCUUAUGAACAUGCAUUUUUCUUCAAGUAAAACAUGACACAGAACAUUUCCAAAAAAAUAUAAAGUGACCCAU